GCUCAGUUCGUUUUGAAAUCGCUUUGUAGAUUGAGUGUGUUUACGGUGUGUGCGCAACGAUCAUUUCGAAGUGAUUUUCUUUCUUGAAAAAGUUUUGAGUGCAGAUUUAACGAACAAAAUAAAAAUCCAUUCCUGUCGAACGUUUCAAUUUGCAAAAUUUUGCAAUAAUAAUUUUCAUUCAUUCGCUCAAGCAGUCAUUCAGUCAUUCAGUCAUUCAGUCAUUCAUGCAUUUAGUCAGUCAUUCAGUCAUACAUAAAUUCGCACAUUAAUUCUCAUCAUUAAAAUUUGUUAAAAUAAAUCUGCUUUUGGCGUUGAAUGAAACGAAACUAUUUUGCUUUGUGGAUUUUACUGCUAAUUUAACUGCUAAUUGAGUUUGAUUUGCAAACGCAGUCGCUGCCGACGCCACUGCCACCGCUACUGCUCCAGCUACCAGCAGUUCAGAUACAAAACAAUAGCGCCAGCAUUUUUUCUCGAUUUGUUCCCAGACUAAAAAUGAAAACUUUAAGUUGCUGAAACCAACGUAAGAACUCCAUGUAUAGAAGCAUUCACAGGAAACCGUAAAGCAAACUAACCAGCAACAAAGGAAACCACUGUCAACACGUACACAGAGUUGUCGCUACCAUCACAACGCGACCAGUGGGUGAAAAGUGCAUGCGACUUUGGUUUUAAUUGAAAACGUGCUUGCAACAUUUUUCAACUGUUUCGCAACCGAUUGCCAACCAACUAUACACCGACAAUUACAGCAAUGACGGUUAAACUGGCAAAGUUUUUUAACAAUACCGCAGGAACACAACCGCCACCAUUACCACCACCAAAUCCGCCAAUCACACACAAUUAUUACAAUGCAACAAAUCAUCAGCUGCAACAUUCACAUCAACAGCAACAUUCACAUCAACAUCAGCAACAUUAUAAUGUCUAUACAAUGCAAGACGACGAUGACAACAUGUCAAUGUACUCAACAACAGCAUCCAUUAUGACAUCACGCGACCAUCCAUUCAACAAUUCACAACGUCCUCUACUCGCCGAAAGAAAGCCGCAAUUGUUGAAUAAGAAAAAAUACAAUGCCGUCAACAGUAAUCAAAUGUUGCAACAGCAACAACAACAGCAACACCAACAAAAACAACAUCAACAGCUUCAAAAUCAACAUCAACAUCAACAUCAGCAUCAUUAUCAGGACCAGCAACAGAAAUCUUAUAUUUCGCCUUACGUGCAACAACAAAAACGAGACAGUGCUAAGGGUUUGCAUGGCUUUAAUGAUUUCGAUAUUUUAUCACAGCAGUAUAAUAAGCAUUUGCAGAGUCCACAUAUAGGUUAUCCUUACGGCAGUCCACCGUCUCCGACUGCCAAUUCCAAUGAUUUCGUAUUCGAUACGCUGACAACGCAAGUAAAGCACACUGCCAGCAAUCUAACCAGCAUUACAGCAGCAGUGCCACGUUAUGGUAACAUUAAUAAUUACGAGUAUGCAGAUUAUGCCACUCCUUCCUAUCGUAAUGAUAUUAAUGAGGCAGAGUAUUACUCCAAUAAAGUGCAAACGAGCCAUAGCAAUAUUAUCGCUUCCGAGAAAAAUUAUGCGAAUGUAGGUAAUACUUCCAGAUUUGAGGAUGAUUUUUGUAAUCGCCAUAAUAUGGAAUACACAACGAACUACACUGAAGUCAAACAGAAUACCAAUGGACCAUUUAUUUUUGGCAUACCACACGAACAGCAAACUGACUACAGCAGUAGAAUACCAAAAGCCGGACGAGGUUUUAGCGAUAGCACCGACACUGUGAUAAGCUACGACGAUGAAAAUAUUGCUCAAAAUGGACAAGCAACUAUGCAGUCCACGAGCGAUACAAGUUCCAGUUCACGUGGCAGUAACAGCAACAACAGCAACAAAGGUGCAAAGUUUUUAUUGCGAAAACGUAAAUCGAAGAAGAGCACAAAAGAUAAAGAAUUAAAAACUGAUAAGCCGAAAAAAGCCGCAAUUAAAUGUGUUGUCGUUGGUGAUGGUGCAGUGGGAAAAACUAAUUUAAUAUUGUCGUAUCUGGAGAACCGUUUCAACCCGGAACAUGUACCGACUGCAUCAGAUAUUUAUAACGCUGAUGUUAUGGUGAACGAUAGUCCCGUACACUUAACCAUCUGUGAUACAGCUGGACAAGAUACAUUGGAUCCUUUGCGUGAGCUGUGUUAUCCGGACAGCGAUGUUUUCUUAUUAUGUUUCUCAGUGGCAAAACCGGAAACGUUUCAUGCCAUCAAAACGAAAUGGGCACCGAAAUUCACAAAAACAAAGGCAACAUUGAUAUUGGUCGGAACGCAAGCAGAUUUGCGUACAAAUACGAAUGUGCUGAAUAAAUUGCAGACAAAAGGCGAGAAGCCAGUAACGUACACGGAUGCCUGGGACCUAGCAACUACAAUUGGCGCAAAAUACAUCGAGACUUCGUCAGCAACACAGGACAAAGUCAAGGAAGUUUUCGAUACAGCGAUUUGGGAAGGCUUAGUACCGAAGACAUUACCGCCAACACCAGCGCCGCUUUGGAAAAAGAUUUUCUGUUUAGCAUAAGUAAAAUAAAUUUAAAAGUACUUUUUGGCUAAAUAUUGACUCAUAUCUUAAUAUAAAAUUAUUUUGUAUUCA